AUGUUGUUUGGCUCUUGGCAGUUAAAAGCUGCUUUCAGCCUAAUAUUGUUGGUGCCAAUUUUUGGCCAACAGCAUCUAACCCGCCGAACAUGUGAACGAGAGGUUUGUUAUGACCGAAAUGUUGGCCUCAUGUGGGAAGUAACUACAUCCGAUACCUCAAUCAAUAACAAUCGUAAUGAAUUUUUGAAAAAUAUUAAUAACGAUGUCAUUGGAAAUCGUAUUGAAAGACAACGAGAGCGAAUUUCUGAUCGUUCCGAUGAUACAAUCCGGCAACAACAAGAGACGAGAGAAUCUCGUUCCCUUGAUAGCCGUAUAAGAACAUCUAGCGCUGAACGAGAACGCCAAGACAACCGAAGGGACAGUAACAUGGAGAGAUAUCGGGAAGUUCGUUAUCGUCGCGACGAGAAUAAAUCUGAUCGAAAUAAUCUCAAUGAGAGAAACGAAAUCAGGGAGCGCGAGAACCGUCGUGCUGAUCAAACUGAACGACGAAAUGAAAUUGCGAGAAAUAUUGUUGCAGACUCCGAAAAUUCUCGCCGAUUUUCCAAUCGUCGUACUGAGAAUGGAUUAGAACGAGAAAAUCGUAAUGACAAUGAAGAGCGGCGUUUUGAAACACGUGCCAUUCAAAGGCAACGAUCAGUAGAGCGAGAGAUGCAAAAUCGUAACGAACGUAAUAUGGACACACGACGAGAGAUUAAAACCGAACACGACACACGACGAUUUAAUUCCCGAAAAGCUAUUAACGACAUGGAAUUAAGUCGCAAUGAAAACCGGCGUGACAAUACUAUGCGAGAGCGAGAGGAACGAGAUGAAAUUCGUCGAGUAGGUACUGAACGUUCUAACGAAUGUAUGAGGGAAGUUCGUCAGCGGCGUGAUGAAAACAAAGAGAGCGCUCUGCGAAUUGAAUCACAUCUCGGUGAACGUAACAAUAAUGCGAGAGACUAUGAAUCCCGCCGCUCUAAUAUGGAUGAAUCCAAUCGUAUUCGCGAAGAACGAAACGAAAAUGCUUUACGAGUUGAAUCACGGCGAAAUAACGACAGGAGAACUGAAACUCUAGAUGUAUGUAACGAUGAUAGACGAGAGGAAGACCGUAAUGAAAACAUUUCCGAUCGAAUUCGUGAAGACCGGGAAAGGCGUGAUGAAAAUAAAGAUAACAGGCUACGAGUUGAAUCACAUGAAAACCGGCGAGACAAUACUAGGCGAGAGCGAGAAGACCGAGCUGAAAUUCGUCGAGUAGAUACUGAACGUUCUAACGAACGUAUGAGGGAAGUUCGUCAGCGUCGUGAUGAAAACAAAGAUAACACUUUACGAAUUGAAUCACAGCGCGAUGAACGUAACAAUAAUGCGAGAUACUAUGAAUCCCGCCGCUCUAAUAUGGAUGAAUCCAAUCGUAUUCGCGAAGAACGAAACGAAAAUGCUUUACGAGUUGAAUCACGGCGAAAUAGCGACAGGAGACAAGAAGAAAACCGCAAUGAAAAUGCAUCCUAUCGAAUUCGUGAAGUCCGAGAAAGGCGUGAUGAAUCACAACAUAAUAUCGAUACACGACGUGAAAUUCGAGAUGAACGUAUCGAUAACGCCAGAGAUGGAUCCAAUCGUGUUCGCGAAGAUGACAGGUUACGAGUUCAAUUACGGCGAACUGAAGAUAGGAAACGUGAAAUCCGAGAUGAACGUAAUGGCGAUAGACAGGAAACACGAGAGCGCAGGGAAGAAGUCACACGACGACUUGAAUCACAACGAUCUGUCACUGAACAAGUUCGUGAAGGUGAAGACCGGCGUAUUGUGCGAGACAAUAUCGAAAUAGAAACUAGGCUACAGGAUAGGAAAGACAACGACCGUUUAGAAUCACAACGCUCCCGCUUAGAUGAAUCCAGUCGAAUUCGUGAAAUUCGCCAAAGGCAUGAUAACAAUGACGAGCGACUGGAAUCACGCCGAAUUAGCGACAGGAGACUUCAAACUUUAGAUGAACGUAACGACGAUAGACGUGAACAAAUCCGAGAGGAAAGAGAACGGUCCAGCGAAAAUGUUUCUGAUCGCAUACGAGAAGUGCGAGAAAGUGAAAAUGGACAGAAACAACGAGAACGCAGAGAAGAAGUAACACGACGACUUGAAUCACACCGAUCUGCCGCUGAACGAAUUCGUGAAGUUGAAGACCGACGUAAUGAUCGGUAUAAUGCCGAAAUGGAAAAUAGGCUACAGGAGAGGAAAGACUACGAACCAUUGGAAUCACAACGCUCCCGUUUAGAAGAAUCUAGACGAAUUCGUGCAGUUCGGGAAGAAUCGAGGAGAGCUACUGACAAGAGAUUCGAUAUUUUAGAUAAACGUAUCGAUGAAAGAAAAGAACAAGACCGAGAAGAUUCACGUGGGUUAAAUGAAGAUGUAUCCGCUCGUAUUCGUGAGGUACGAGAAAGGCGUGACGAAAACAAUGAAAACAUAUCACGACGAACCAUUAAACCCCAACGCGAAAUUCGAGAUGCACUUAACGAUGACAGCCAGCAAGAGCGUGAACGCGUAGAAAGUAAAUCACAACGACUUGUGAUGCAAAGAUCUGGUCCUGAGCAACGACGAGAAGUUGAAGACCGUCGGAAUGACCGUGACAAUACCCAAGUAGAAAAUAGACUAAGACAUGAAGAGCGAGCAGAACCGGAACGGUCCAAUGAAAAUGUAGAUGAUCGUAUUCGCGAAGUUCGACAACACCGUGAUGACAGCAGAGACAAUACAGUGCGUGAUAAUCGACGUGAAAUGAAGGAAGAUCGCAUCGACAUUAGGCGAGAAGGAAGUGAACGAUAUGGUCAACGUGAAAUAUUGGAUCAACGUAACGAUAAUAGGCGAGAAGGCAGGACUGAAUCACUACGCUCCAAUGAAGAUCGACACCGCCGAGAUGAAAAUGCAUCACGAGAUAUUCCACGUGCAAUAAACGAAGAUCGCAUGGAAAUUAGACGAGAAGAAAGAGAACGAACUAAUGAACCUACUAGCCGAUUUGAAUCACAGCGAUCAACUGGUACAUACGAAAGAAUUCGCGAAACAAGGGAACGACGUGUAGUAGAUACUAGGAACUCCGAUAAUGUUCGUGAAAACGCAGAAAGUCAUGUUGAAAAUGAACAAGAACACGACAGAACACUUCGACUUGAUACCUCCCAAAUGAAUCGUGAAGUCAGGGAACGACGCAAUGAAAAUAGUAUAGCUAGCAGUGAACGGGAAACUACACGUCGUGUAAAUACUGCCGAAAGGGAAACUCAACGACGGUCACGGCGACAACAAUCUUCUGAAAGUCAAUCCAACAAAGAAAUUCGCAAUCGACGCGAUGAAAAUAUUAGAGACCGUGAAACACGCAAUAAAAAUCAAUCCGACGGAGAAGUUCGCAAUCGACGUGAUGAAAAUAUUAGAGACGGUGAAACACGCAAUGAAAGUAACGAUGAGCGAAUUCAGUCUCGUCGUGAAAUUCCAAAUCGUCGUACUGAAAGUCUCCGCCGGAAUGACGAUUUACGAUUAUCUAAUGAAAUUGCCUACACUAUUAUUCGUGAGGAUCGCGUCCAGCGUGAGGAGGGAAGACAAGAUCGGCCAAUGGAAAUUGAUUCUCAACGAAUUCGUCAAAUUAAUGACCGACGAAUUGAAUAUCGUGGUACUGACCGCACUGACAGACGCAACGAGCGAGAUGUACUACGACGAUCAAUGGAUGGUGAAACUCGUCAAACUCGCAUUCAACGAGCUGAUUCCAGCGAAAGUGAUCGUUAUGACCGUUUUUUCGCUGAAAAUGAAAGAAAUGAAAUCAGAGGAUUGGAAAAUCGCAACAUUCGCUACAUUGAAGACGACAUUGUGGAGAAGCCAUUGGGUUCCUUUAAUAAGUCAUACAUAAUGCUCGGCCAAGGCAUUAUUUUAUCCUUCAUUGUGGCUCAAACACUAGGCGGAAAGAUGGCAAUGAAAUACCAAAAUAUACCUCAAAAGUUACGCGAAGGCUUGGGAGUAUUGGGAUUUUAA